AACAAUACAGACUUAUCAAGCUAUAGAAGAUGGAGAAGACAUCCCUGGUGAUGAUGAAGGUAUCCCCGUCUUGCACCGACAGAACUUUGACUAAUUUUUAUAUGAGAGUGUCUCAAACUAUAGCCUAAGCCUCUAUUUAUAUUAGCAGUCGGAGAGAAAACUGUUUACAAAUAAUGAGUUUUUCAGCCAUACCCGUACUUCCCAUACUUGGAUUCGCCUGAAAGUCAACGGGAAGCUUUUAGAUGUUUCCAGGAGUCUCCUAGUCCAAUUUGAACUCCUUCUAAGCACGACAUCAUCGAUUUUGCACUCAGAACUGUGUCGAAAAGUCAAAGGUAUCAUAUUCGAAUUUCUUUUUAUCAUCAAAACAUGUGUCUCCCACAGAUGGGUUCGCCCCUACUAGUAAUAGACUUCUUGUGUUCAAUUCGACGCCAACGGGGGGCUUCGCCCACAACAGCUUUAUAGCUCCAGAAACACCAACGAUCCUCGCUUGAAUUCGAACAUAAAAUCUGCAACUGCCAAAACUUCAUUGUAGCGGCAGCCUACCGUUAGACUACCGUUACCAAUAUACUUCGAAGUACUAUUUAAUCAAUCUAUUACGGUUUUAUUGUUGGCUAAUAAAACUAAAUUAAGCAAAGGAAAAGAAAGGGAAAAAACAAAAACUAACCAGAAUAUCAUUUGGAAAUAGAAGAUACUUUGACUCAAAUCCCCUUACAAGAUUGCUGUCGUUCAAGUGAUGUAAAUUCCAACUUGAUUCCCUUAUUAACUAGUAAAGGCACUCCUGAUUGGCCAAUCAAAUCCUUAUCCAUUUAGGCAUAAUUAGCACCCUACUAGAUCGGGCCCUAGACUUCCUACAAACCUCUCCCACCCCAAAAACCCGGCCCAAUUCAGUCCGGAAAAUCCCUCCACCUGUGUGGUCCUCCAUCUCUUGUUCCCACGUGUUCUCUUGGUGUGUGCUCUCCCGCACGCUAUGAUUUCCUCUUCUUCCAUUCGCAGUUGCAGCAGAUAACGAACAACAACGACAUCGAGGAAGAGGAAUUUUCCCCUGCAUCGCGAAACAGAGAGUUGAGGAUCAUUGGAUCUUACGUCGACCGUCCCUUCUUCUCCAUCCAACGGAGAUUAUCUCUCUCUCCCUCUUCAAAAAAAAAAAAAAAAAAAAAAUCUCUCUCCUCUCUUCCUCCGCUUCCGGUCACCUUCCCUUCUAAAAUUUUCUCCCAUCCACAGAAAACAGACCGACCGUCGUUUACCGUUCUUUUAUUAGCCCCGCCCAAGCGCUAAUCCGCUUCCGCUUCCGAUUUGCGAGUCUGCUCCUCUCCUUCCCCAAUUUGGUUUCUCUCUGGUUAUGUUAGGGUUUCAAUUAACACCAUGUCGUCGAUGAUUGAGACCCUGAGGCCGGUUUCGCACUCCAGGUGGUUCCACGCCGACUCCGAUUGUAAAUAUCGUUAUCCUCCUCCUUCUCACUGCCGCGGCUCUUUCCCGUUCCGCGCCCAUUCUAGGGUUCCUCACCGGGAUCCGCUGCGGUUCCCUCGUCCCGUGAACGUGCUCAAUGAAUCUCGUCUGCCCUGCGGAGCUCUGCGAGGUUCUAAUAAUCUAUGGGGAAGUGGGGUUUGGAGGAGUUGCAGGUUGAGAGAGCACAGAAUAUUGGCGAAAUGUCAGGACGGGGAUUCGACGACGACGAGCUCGAGCGAGCCAAGGGCGGAGACCGAAGGGCAGCAGGUUAGCAGCACGAACACGCCCAACACGGGUCCAAAGCAGAAGAGGGAGAAGCAAGGGAAAGGUGAGUGGUGGUGGUGGUCGAAGCGGCAGAAUUGGAAAUGGCAGCCUUUAAUUCAAGCUCAGGAGGUCGGGGUCUUGCUUUUGCAAUUAGGGAUUGUAAUGUUUGUUAUGCGGUUGCUGCGGCCUGGGAUUCCGCUGCCAGGGUCGGACCCAAGACCGCCGACGACGUUCGUUAAUGUACCGUACAGUGAUUUUGUGAGCAAGAUUAAUAGCAACAAGGUGCAGAAAGUGGAGGUUGAUGGCGUCCACAUCAUGUUCAAACUGAAAAACGAGGCGGCCGGAAAUCAGGAGACAGCUGAAGUGGUUGAUGGUAGGUGGCAGGAGUCGGAGCAAUUGUUAAGGAGCGUCGCGCCAACCACAAGGAGGAUUGUGUACACGACUACUAGACCCAGUGAUAUCAAGACUCCAUACGAGAAGAUGCUUGAAAACCAGGUGGAGUUUGGAUCGCCUGAUAAGAGGUCUGGUGGAUUUUUCAACUCAGCUUUGAUUGCUUUGUUCUAUGUGGCUGUGCUUGCUGGACUUCUCCAUAGAUUCCCUGUUAGCUUUUCUCAGCAUUCGGCUGGUCAGAUUAGGAACCGCAAGUCUGGUAGUUCUGGAGGUACAAAAGUUGCUGAGCAAGGAGAUGCAAUCACUUUUGCUGAUGUUGCUGGCGUUGAUGAAGCUAAGGAAGAGUUAGAAGAAAUAGUGGAAUUUCUCAGGAACCCAGACAGGUACAUAAAACUUGGUGCUCGUCCUCCUCGGGGUGUUCUUCUGGUUGGUCUUCCUGGUACAGGCAAGACCCUUUUGGCAAAGGCUGUUGCCGGGGAAGCUGAUGUCCCUUUCAUUAGUUGCUCAGCUAGUGAGUUUGUAGAGUUAUAUGUCGGAAUGGGUGCUUCACGUGUAAGAGACCUGUUUGCACGAGCAAAGAAGGAGGCACCAUCAAUUAUAUUUAUUGAUGAGAUAGAUGCGGUGGCGAAAAGUCGUGAUGGGAAGUUUCGCAUUGUUAGCAAUGAUGAGCGGGAGCAAACUUUGAACCAGUUGCUUACUGAGAUGGAUGGAUUUGAUAGCAACUCUGCAGUAAUUGUUCUCGGAGCAACAAAUCGCGCUGAUGUUUUAGAUCCUGCUCUUCGGAGACCCGGAAGAUUUGAUCGUGUAGUUACGGUGGAAGCCCCUGACAGGAAAGGAAGAGAGGCCAUUUUGAAAGUGCAUGCCUUCAAGAAGGAGCUUCCUUUAGGAAAGGAUGUCGACCUUAGUGGUAUCGCUUCAAUGACCACUGGCUUUACUGGGGCUGAUCUUGCAAAUCUUGUAAAUGAAGCUGCUCUAUUGGCUGGAAGGAAAAGCAAAACCUUGGUAGAGAAAAUUGAUUUCAUUCAAGCCGUAGAACGGUCUUUAGCUGGCAUAGAGAAGAAGACGGCCAAACUGCAAGGAAGUGAGAGGGCUGUCGUUGCACGCCAUGAAGCAGGCCAUGCAGUAGUUGGCACUGCUGUUGCUAGCCUCCUCCCUGGACAACCACGUGUGGAGAAGCUAAGCAUACUACCAAGGACGGGAGGUGCAUUGGGGUUUACUUAUACACCACCAACAACUGAGGACAGAUAUUUACUUUUCAUCGACGAGUUACGGGGCCGUUUGGUCACCCUUCUUGGAGGGCGUGCUGCAGAAGACGUGGUGUACUCAGGCCGUGUGUCCACCGGUGCACUAGAUGAUAUUAGACGAGCUACAGACAUGGCGUACAAGGCAAUAGCGGAAUAUGGUCUCAGUCGGACCAUAGGUCCUGUAUCUGUUGGAACACUUUCUGGAGGUGGGAUGGAUGAGUCUGGAGGUAGUCCAUGGGGAAGGGAACAGGGCCAUCUUGUUGAUCUAGUUCAAAGGGAGGUGAAGGAAAUGCUACAAGCUGCAAUGGAAGUGGCACUCUGUGUCGUUCGUGCUAAUCCUACUGUCUUGGAAGGACUUGGUGCUCAUCUUGAAGAGAAAGAGAAAGUAGAAGGAGAAGAGCUGCAAGAGUGGCUGAAAUUGGUAGUUGCUCCAGAGGAGCUAGCUUCUUUUGUCCGAGGCCAGCAGCAAGCAUCUUUCCUCCCGCUCCCUCUACCUCUCCCUGCACCGGCGGCAGGUUCAUGACAGACUUAAGAUUGGCAACACAGCGAUGGAAUGGGGUUAGAAAUCAUUGACCCUAGCUUGUAAAAUUGAUGCCAACACGACGAUGGGGCAGGUACAGAGAUCAGCCUGAAGCCACCCUAAAAUUUGUAUACAUUCGUUGUUCAAACUGCACUGGAGUUAUGGCUCUCAGUCUUUUUAACAUAUACUUGGCCCAAGCCAGAAAGGAAGAAGAAUCCAGCUACACGCACAUUCACUGGUGAGUGUUGCGGCCAUAAUGUUAUGAACACCAUGUUCAUUUAGCCUAGCAAGUCAGUGGGUUGGCCGGGGUGUUUCGUUUAGUCAGAGUACAUUACGUUGCAGCCUUUCGAGUCCUCACUUAUCUGUUGAGGCAUUGCAAACUCGUGUAUUCAUCUGUAUACAUGAUUAUUACUCGUCUGAGAAAAAAAAUCUUAUAGCAUGUACACUAAGCGAUAUUUUGUUUGUAAAUAAGACGCAUUAUUUUCUUGGUCGGUUUACAUUACAGGUCUAAACAAAAAGGGGAUGCUUCUCUGGAGUUGAUAUAAUCUAAUGUUUACUCAGGUCGAUGCAAAUGCUAGGGGUUAGCGUUGAAAUUUUGUGGUGGUGCUAUCUGUUAGGUCAUUGAGUUGCCUGUUUUGCGCUCUGUUAUAGUUGGAUGUACUGGGUAAAUUAAUUGUCGCUAUGCUAUGUUCAUCUAAAGGCCUGCGGAUGCACAGCAAACAAUCCAACGGCCUGCGGAGAAGAGGAAUUGGUUUGCUGCUCAUUGGGGUUAUUUGAGCAGAGGAUUGGUGCUUUAGCAACAGUAUGCAAAUGCAAGCGAUAUUUUUGGCGGAAAAUGAGGGCAGCUAAAGUAGAAACAUCGAUCCAGCCAAAAAGAGAGAGGGAGUGGAGAGAAAUCAAAUCAUAAUAAUAUCAACGUCGCUUUCUUCAAAACCACUGCACUGCACUGCACUGAAUGCUGCUGUGGGGCUCUGCUCUGCCUCUGGGAAUGAGUGCUCAAGUCCGGUCCCUCACCCACUGUUUUGAGUGUUGGGUUGGGUGGGCGGCUGCGGCUUUGGAUGCUUCCCGUUCUUAUCCACGGCGACCACUUUUCUCUAGGAUUUUACCAAAUUUAAUUUGGUUCCCCAAGUGGAAUGGAAGACUCGAAUCAGUCAACUUUCCGGCCAACAAUAUACUUCCGGUGAAGGUUUUGCUGGGCAAUACCAAUACAUAACAAUCCUGCCGAAUGCAAGUGAAUCAGGUGAAGGAUACGCCUCUCAACUUAUAUAUGUAUGUUGUCAUCGUGCUAAUUACCGCAGUUUUUUAGCAUAGCAAUAUAAUUUCUUUCAUUGUAGUACAAGUUUGGUUCAGUCCAGAACCACUAGACCAAUAUCGAUCCAUAAUAUGGAUCAAAGAACGUAAACCAAAGAACAAACCAAUUAUGUCCAAAAUCAUACCAUAAGCAACUUUGUUGUACUUCUCCCAAAUUAGCCAAAAUCGAAACAUAAUCUACCGCAAAUCUACUAAAUUCACCCAUCAGUUAUAAUUGGUAAGUAAGAUUGGGAAAAAAUGGGAAAGAAGAAAAAUGUGAAUCAAAAUGAGUAAGGGAAUGAAUAAAUUUUUUUUAGUAUAAGUAGGUAGGGAUUUUUUUAUUUUUGUCCAUAAAAAAAAAGUGAAAUCAAAAGGGGUAAGGGGAACGUUGCGUUUUAUUAAGGAGAUAUAGAGUGGCUUGCAGAUUUUUUAAAUAAAUUUAAUUUAAUUUUUAUUAGUUAACUUAAAAUUAAAAUGAAUAAUAUGUCAUUUAAAUAUUUUUAUAGCUUUAUAACAACAAAUUCCCUACAGUGUAAUGAAUUUAGUGAUUAAUUUGAAUGAAACUUGACUUCUUAGUUCUUAGUUCUACCAUUAUUAUAGUUAUGUUAGAGAUCUCAAAUUCAAAAAAGUUGUGCCGACAAAAUCUCAAUCUCUCGUAAAGAGCAUCUCCAUCCCUAAUUUUUAGCGAUUGCUAAAGUGAGAUGGAACUUUUGAGGCAAGUUUUUAGCAACUGCUAAGGAUGUGAGGAUGCUUGCUAAAUUAUCAAAAUUGCUAAGUUAAAAUGUCAUUUAGCAAUGUCACAUGUCUAAUUGUGUUCUUUUUCAUUUUUCUUACUCGAUAACUUUUCAAUUACAAAAGUGUCUUGAUAACUUUUUCAUUUUUCUCAAGAUCAAGGUCGCAAUCUCGGUGCUCGUGAACGAAGACAAGACACAGAGAUUUUGACAAUUCGUUGAUGUUUUACAUGUCACGACCGUGGCAUAAACCGUGACAUGCUGAAAUGUGUCGUUUGACAAGUGUCACAACCACCACCCCUCGUGUCACGCUCAGAGGCCACGUUGUGCACGAGAAACCUCUAUAAAAACCCAUUUGUUGCAAUUGACGAAUGAGAGCCAACCUAGAGUGAGAAAUUAGGAUUUUGGGCAGAUUCUAGUGAAAGAAACGCCUUGGAAGAGCUAAGGAAUGAGGACUUCAUCCAAUAAUCAAGGAGAAGGGUUCAA